AUUACCUUCCUAUAUCCGCGGCCGGGAGAUGACCAUCACAUCAUCCUCUUGCUUGUGCUUGUGAGACGUGGCAAGUCGAGGACGGUAAUCUAUGAGUGGGAAGCUGGCGACGACCUGAGAAGGGUGCUUGCCGAAGAGAAACAGGGUCAUCGAAUGCCUGUUGAGCACCAGAUGCCUCUGUUGCUGAUUCCCUUAACGACCCAGUCGGCCUUCUUAACCAUCUCAGCCGAUCACAUCGCCUUGUGCACAGAGUGCUUGCAUGGGCCACCCAUUUUCGACACCAUCGAGAUGGCAGCGCACCCCCCGACCGUCAAUCAUCGCGGCCGCCAACGACCGCUGUGGACCGCAUGGGCCAGGCCUUUCCGUCUUCGGUCCUACAGCAAGAACCGCGACUGCAUCUAUCUCGCCCGAGAGGACGGCGUGGUUUUGUUUAUGGAAGCCGACCAGGAUAAUGCCCUCACCAGCCACUUCCUGGAUCCGUUUCCUUGCAAUAUCUCGGGCGCAUUCGCUUGCCUCUUCGACCGCAGUACCGAUGUACUCGUUCUCGGAAGCGACUCGGGCCCAGGAGGUUAUUGGAAGAUUCCUCCCCGGGAACCGGCCGAGCUUCUUGGGACGUUGCCAAACUGGUCGCCCGUCGUCGACGUUACGACCACCGACGAGCUCAGGGAAUGGCACCAAAGAGACCAAAGAGCGAAUAAGCAAAACGUCACGACCCCGUGGCAACAGAUCAAACAUCGAAAACCGGACCGCAUCUUUGCAACUUGCGAGAGCGGAAGCAAGGGGUCGAUUACAGAAUACCGAUAUGGCUUGAGAGCGAACAUUGGACUAGAGCUAGAGUAUGGUCCCGGUACUAAAGAAGCGUGGCUCCUACGUUUCUGCGACCCGUCCUUGUUGGACGGCUACCUCCUCCUGCUCUCCAUGCCCGACUCGACCACGGCGCUGCUUUUGUCAAGAGACUUCUCCAGCGCCACAGCACCAGGCCCGGGGACGAUACCGUAUGACCUGUCGUCUGCCACUCUUGCUCUGGUCGUGUCGGGCUACUAUACAAUCCAAAUUACCCGGCAGAACAUAGUUCUAGUGAACCAACAUCGGAGCGCUUCACUCCCAAUCAAGUCGCUCCCGGGGCUCUCCACUGGAACUGUCUCAGACGGCCACGCUUUCGAGACGUGCGUUGCGAUCUCGACGCAUACGGACGCCCAGUUUCAGAUUCAUGUGUUCAGUGUUGACUGGGAUUCUCUCACGCUCACGCACGUACAGACAAUCGAUGUCGAAGGCGAAGUUACCUGUCUGUCUCUCGGUCUCGAUUACACCGUCCUGGCAGGCAUACGGCAAGGUGGUCAGACUCUUCUGGCCUGGUCUUCACUGAAACGGCCCUUCGACGGUCUCCACAUGCUCAGCUUAACCGAGUACAUGUCCAAUAAGGAAGAUGAGAGCCUCGACUUCGACGUCCCUUCCUUCGUUGAGGGCAUAGAAAGUAUAAUCUCGGUCAAGGGUACCGUCCUCCUUGGCACUCGAAGUGGAGAGGUGAUCAUGGUCAAAGACGUUGCCGGCUCUGUAUCUGUGGAAUGUGAGAGGUUUGGUACAACUGCCGCGACUCUCAGCUGCAGCUAUCGAGCUGGUGCAACUGAACCUACCAUACUUGCCUGUUGCGACAACAGCCUCGUGUCAAUUCGACUCAAGCAACGUUACAACCAUUGCGGUGGCACCACGGAACUCAAGACGACGAAACUGCGUGUAUGGCCUGUAGAUGCUAGCAAACUGGAGGACAUCCCACCACCAGUGCACUAUGCCACGGCCGUAGAUAUGGCAUCAGAUGACGGCCUUACCCCGAUCCUCCUGAUAUCCGGAUCAAGGCUGUUGCUCGCAGAAAUGCAUGAGGAGCCCGGGCCGGUACAGCGAAGCAUCCCCACCGAGGGCACACCAAACAGGGUCCUCUACUGCCAGUUCACGCAGUGCCUUGUAGCUGCCGUGAACAAGCCAUCCGGCCCAACCUUGACAUUCAUCAACCCUGACACCGGGGACGACAUUGGGAUUCCGACCGAUAAGAAUAAGGCCCCUCAAACAUGCAUUGCAGGCUUGGGAAAGGAGGGGGACAGGAUCAUGAGUCUGGGGGAAUGGAACUACAAGAGGGAUGGCAACGUCUGGAACUUCAUCCUCGUCACUACCAGGGCGGGCCGUCUCAUCGUGGUGACUACGGAGAAAGUAGUCUCACAAGAUGGCAGCCGCACGACAUUCCGAUACUGGACGAGGUUCAGGAAAGAACUCAGCGAGCCAAUAUACUCGGUUCUCGGCUUCGACGAAGGGCUGAUCUACUGCGCCGGCCAGACCAUCUAUUGGGAAGUGCUGGAUCCCAAGGAGAAGCGGCUCAAACCGCUCAAGUCGUUCAGGCUCGGCUCACCGGCCACGAGCCUGCGGAUUUCCAACGGCAAGCUCGUGGCCCUGACGAGCCGCGAGUCUCUGGUCGUGCUUGACAACCUCGAUACAGACGAAGAAGGCAUCCGGCUCUGUCACGUCGACCCCUGGAGGCGGAACGGCGUCGACUCGAUGGAAGUCGCCGGCCCGCAACUCGACCAAGCGACGGGCGGCAUCCACCUGGUCGCCGACCGAGAGUGCGGCGUCGCGGGGCUGUGGGUGCCGUGGCAGACGCCGGAACGCGAGUGCGAGGUCGUGUUGGAGGCGGAGCUGCCGUCGUCUGUGCGCAAGUUCUGCCGCGGCCGGACGCGGCCCGUUUGGGAGCAGCGACUGCGCAAGCCCCGGUACGGCCGGCUUCCCGCAACGGUGGACGACGCCGAGAUCCUGGGCGUCUCGCUCGACGGCACCAUGCGCCAAUUCACCCUGCUGAGCGUCGAGGCCUGGCGGCUGCUACGUUUCAUUCAGAAUCUGGCCCCGGACACCGCCGACGUGUGUCCGCUCGGGCGCCGGAAGAGUAGCAAGGGGCUGGGGCCGGGGCUGGGGCCCGAACCGAAGCUGGCCUAUGGGUUGGAGAUGCAUGUGGACGGGGACAUACUACGCCGAUGUUUGGAGAAGAGGGCGUUGGAGUGGUUGGUGGCCAAGGAGGCACAUGUCGCCAGGUUGAUUGAGCUCCUGAGGGAGUUGGAUGGCGGACAGCACACACAGGGGCUGACGGCCGAGGGAGAUCAUGCGGGGUAUUUCCAGCUUGCUUACGACAUUCUGGAGUAUUACCUGUCGCCAGCCCUGUAACUGUAAAAAGGAAACCUAAGAGACGAGGGAGGACGGAACAUCAAGUCGGUAGUUUGCCCCAGUGCUUGUGAAGGCGAUCGUAACGUCUUGGGCAACUGGUGCUCUUGCACUGAAAUCUCGAAAACGAUAGUUACGCCCAC